AUGGAUGGGAGUUGGAUGUUAAUUUUUGAUAGAUUCAGUCAGCCAUAUGUAGAUGGGGUGAACUCAUUUAUUGAAUUUGCAAAGGUUCAUUUGGGUGAGGCUAGGGAGAUUAAGUGCCCAUGCAUGAAUUGUUGUAACUUUUAUAAGCAGGAGUAUGAUAGUGUGAAGGCUCAUUUGCUCAUAAGUGGGAUGAUAGUAUCAUACACCACUUGGUUAGAAUACGGUGAACUUCCAGAACACAAUAACCUUGAUGAAAGCAAUGGUGAGAAUGACGAGGAUGAAGAUGAAUAUGAUGAACUGAUAGAGGACUAUCAGAGGGGGAAUUUUAUGGAGGGUGAUACUCUAGAAAGAGAGGAUGUACGACAUUUUGAUAAAUUGUUAGAUGCUUCCCAAUGUUGCUUGUACCCAGGUUGCAAAAACUCGGAUACUUUGUUAUCAUUCGUUAUUCAGAUGCUACAUGUGAAGGUAGAAAAUAGGUGGAGCAAUAAGUCUUUUGACAAGAUUUUGGAGAUACAAAGGCGAUUCCUACCAGAAGGCCACGUGGUGCCAGGGUCAAUUUACGAGUGCAAGAAGUUACUACGCGACUUGGGCUUGGGGUACGAACUCAUCAAUGCAUGUAAACAUGAUUGUGUACUAUUCUGGAAGGAGAAUGCUCACUUGGAAAAAUGUCCCACAUGUCAAGCAUCUAGGUACAGAGUAAAUGAUAGCAAGGGGACUGAUAUUGAUGUCUACCUAAGGCCAUUAAUUGAUGAGUUGAAGGAGUUGUGGGAGAAUGGCGUGAUGACUUACGAUGCCUCCACUGAACAGACCUUCUGGAUGCAUGCAGCUUCACGCGGGUUGAUCAGUAAGAUUGGGUGGGUGGGUCAUCGAGCUUACUUGCCUGAUAACCACCUUUGGAGGAAAGACAAGAAGUUUGAUGGUUUAACUGAGCUUAGAAAGAAAUCCUUGGAUUUACUGGUGGAAAAAGUAAUGGCUCAAUUGGAUCAAUGGCGGGAAGUCAAGUUUGGAAAGGAUCCUACAAACAAGAAAAGACCACGAGAGUUUGAAGAAUUGAAUUGGACAAAGAAAAGCAUAAUGUGGGAGCUAACGUAUUGGAAGAAAUUAAACCUCCAACACAAUCUUGAUGUCAUGCACAUUGAGAAGAAUAUUUGUGAAAACUUUUAUGGGAUGAUGUUGGCCAUAGAUGGGAAAAACAAGGACACAUACAAAGCACGUGAUGAUUUGCAAGAAAUGGGCAUAAGGCAAGAAUUGCAUCUACAGAGGAAAGAUAACAGAUCCGUUGUAAAGCCUCGGGCAGCCUACACAUUGGAUUCUUGA